AUGGCCGCCGCUUUGAAGGACGUGCCGUUGCACCGGUUCUUCCCACGGGGAGGGCACGCUUGGCAGACAGCCUUGCUCAGUGCCGGCACAGAGAAAAGCAUUCAGGAGAGCGAAGCGAAGACUAAGCCGGGCACCAACAAGUCAGAGAAAGAAGCGGCAGGCUGCUCCAAAGUGCAGCCAGUUGCUCUCUGGGGGAGCGCCCUGAAGCCGGGUGGAGAGGUUUCCUCUCGGGCAGCUUGGAGAAGACUAUUCUCACCGAGCUCUCGUGACAUGCAUCGCUCGAGCGACCUUGGCCGUUCCAGCGCUUUGGAACCGGCUCUCGGCGGAACAGCAUGGUUUAAGCGGAUGGGCACAUGA